AUGAGUUCCGAUCCAUACUACACCGUCUUCAUCCGCCUACCCUUCUCCCGUGGGGACUUCGUAGACCCCCCACCAGUUGAUUGGGAUGCCUCCAAAGACAAAGCGCUCUGGAAGAUCCUCUCCAAAGCUUCCAAGAAUAGCGACAUAGACUGGAAUGAACUAGCCACGAAAUUCGAAGUCACCCUCGCGUUCCUCCUCCAACAAGCAGCAUGGCUCUACGAACGUCAGCUCGUUCAAGUACGGGCCCAGAUACGCAAGGUCGGCGUAUCGAAAGGUUCUGCCGCACCCUCUCCAGUCCCGUGGAACACCUCUGAAUCUGCAGGCGGAGAAGGGAUGAAGAGGACGGGAUCGGGUGGCGGAGGCCCUCGAGUAACAUCUGCUCUUUCGACUAGAAAGGACUCGCCGUUACCUAGAAAUGAGCCUUCGACGCCUAUUCGCACGAUGGCGCCGCCGUUCUCGAGGACAUCGUCAGCGAAUACAACCACCACGUCGCGGAACCUGCCUCAACCGCAGACGAGCCCGCGGCCGCAACAAGCUACUACCGUUAGACGUUCCUUGUCACCGGCACACAAGCCGCGCCCUCCACCAGUUGACUCAUCCCCUGCUCUCUCCCCGUCCUCAUCCUCCAGCUCCGACUCCCCUCUCCCACACCAAUCCCGCCUCCUCCGCAACCGUCCCCGAUACACCAAGAAAGAUGCCCAAGGAAGCCUGGACCCUGUCGACUCCGACGACGAGGAACCGGCCUUCAUGCCAAUAGCACAUCAAGAUCCCUCUGCCACCCUGCGUGGUGAUCCGCGCACCAUCACUAGGAAAACACCGCACGGACAUAGUCACACAGCUAGCAAACGGAAGCAAGAUCUCGGGGUCAUGUCACAAACGAGCGACUCUUCAGCUAGUUCUACGCCAGCUACAGGUGCGUACAGGAGACAGGAUGUAGCGAAGGGCAUGAGAGACAGACCUGUCGGACCGCUUAGUCCGAGGCGGACGGCCGAGCUGGCGGGCCAGAAGGCGAGUGGGAAGGGGAGCGAUGGGACGCCGAGUAUGGGGAGCAGUUUUAGUGAUCUGGAUGACGCCUCUGUCACGCAAUCCGCCCUGGAAGAGGCACUUGCGAGCAAUAUGCAAGCCGGAGGCGGCAUGGCUAGCCGUAUGAGCACGAUCAGCCAGGCGCUGAGGAGUAAAUAUCUAUGA